AUGGCGGCCAACAAUGUGUUGAAGACGGUGGUGCUGGCAACGGUGAUGGGAGGGAUUCUGGGCCUGGAACUGUACUAUUUCAACGACCGCGGAAGAGCGGAGCCGAUCAGAUUCAUGCUCCACUAUGCUGGGAUCAAUUUCACGGAUUAUCGGUUCUCCAGAGACGAUUGGAAUGCCUCAAAGAACUCGAUCAGUAAGUAAAAGUCAUCGUUUUUUUUGGAAUUAUGGUUUAGCCAAAAAGCGACUGGGUUAUUUUCUUAUAAUUCUAACAAUAAAUGCACACCUUUUCAGUGUUCAACACUCUCCCAGCUCUCGUUCAAGACAUGGGCAUUGUCGAUAACAGCGGUGCGAUCACUCGAUACGUUGCUCAUGAAGCAAGUCUCUUGACGCCCAGUUAUUUGGAAGACGCACAAAUGGAUGAUCUUUUCGAGAAAUCACAAGUUCUCAUGCAAGAUUUCUUAACGUACAUCGAUAUUGUUGAAGGCAGGACUCCGGGGAAUGCGGUGAGUGAGGUUUAUAAGACCUCAAAGAGGUUCAGGUACCUUAACUAUUCAAAAUCUUGUCUAGUGGGAAGUUCUCCAAGUGUAAGACUCAGAUUUUCUAUAGAUCUUGCAAUUUGGUUUCGCCGCAAAGACAGUUGGUGCGAUUUUCGAUGCGACAGAGUGCUCGUUAUUUUCCCGACACACUUAUAUUAAAAUACGUAGAAUUAUAUCAAAUAUAUUAAUACAUUUUAGACCGCCUCCCGUCCCACUCUCAUCGAUGCGCCUGUGAAAAUGUACUAUCCAGUCAUUGAGUCCUACAUCAAUCCAGAUACCGGACUAUUCGGGCGCUACUCGAUCAUCUACAUGGACUUUGUUUGGUACAAUCUUUCGGAUCUGCUGAACUCAUACGCACCGGAUGUUCUGUCCAAUUACACCAAGUCCAUUCAGCAUUGGUGGAAGGUGGAUGGCUACAACAACACAAACUUCCAAUCCUACCUGCAGAACAGAUACGUCGAUUUCGGGCGGAAUGGCACCAUCAUGAUCACCAAUGUAUUUUAA